AUGGCAACUGGGGCUCCUAGUCAUCGAUUAGAAUCCCAAUUGAGCGCCACUGCCCGUGUACUCGAGAUCGAUGCCCAGUUUGUCCACUUGCCCUCUAUUGUCAUUGCCACAUUUGGAGACUGUGACACACGGACUUCCGAGACCCACUUUGUAAAAGCCGUAGGAGAUAUCGCCUUGGGCCAGUUACAUCGCGUCCAUGAGAUUUACAAAAGUGUGGUGCACGAUCAAACUGGAGUGGGUGAAGGUAGCGCUGCGCUACAUCGGAUCUUGAAUGAAGAGCCGAUCUAUACGGUCUGGCAGAGAAUGAUCAUCGCUGCUUUUUGUUGCGGGAUCAUUUCAAUGUUGGGUUUUGCUGGAAGUUUUGUGGACGCUUGGGUUUCAGCUGCCUUUGGAAGCUUUCUGGCUUUCAUGCAAUUGCGAGCGACCAAAAAUCAAAUGUAUUCAAAUAUCUUUGAGAUCUCCAUUGCCACACUCGUCUCCUUUGUUGCUCGUGGACUUUCGACUACUCAAUUUUUUUGUUACGAGUCUCUAUCUUCUGCUGGUGUCGUGUUAAUCCUUCCGGGAUAUACGAUCUUGUGCGGUUCAUUGGAGUUGGCCUCCAAGAAUUUGAUCGCUGGCUCGGUGAGGAUGGUUUACGCAGUGAUUUACUCGCUGUUUUUGGGAUUUGGAAUUUCGAUUGGAUCGGAUUUUUAUUAUCUCUUGGAUCCAAAUGCACGAAGGAUUGCAGCAAUGCAUGCUACCUCCCAACAGAGCAUCAAUCCAUGGUGGAUGUUCCUUCUCGUUCCGGCCUUCUCGUUCUUCUUGAGUUUGUGGAACCUACAGCCCCUCAGAAGCAGGCAGAUGCCAGUGAUGGUGAUCAUCGCAUGCGCUGGAUGGGUCUGCAAUUACUUUGCAAAUCAAUUUAUUUUCGAUCGUUCCGAUGUUGUUUCUUUCUUGGGAGCAUUUGCGAUUGGCUUAAUGGGAAACAUGUAUUCUCGAGUCUUCAAGGGUACAGCAUUUACGAGUAUGGUCACCGGUGUUCUUUUCUUGGUUCCAUCAGGUAUCGCAGCUGCUGGUGGUCUUGCCAUGACUUACCACUCCAAUUCUGGGGACUCGUAUAGUAAUGGAUUGGUGAUUGGUUUCCGAAUGGUACAGGUUGCCAUCGGUAUCACAGUUGGAUUAUUCUUUUCUUCUUUCGUGGUCUAUUCUUUUGGACGUGGAAAGUCAAGUGCAGCGUUUACAUUUUAA